UUCAUUCACUCACUCAUUCACAUUCACGUAAAAAGUACCUUUGGAUGUGAUGAGAGAAUUCGUGUGUGCGAUAAUGAUUUUUUGAUAAAUUCCGUGUUAUUUAGUUAGAUUAUAACAAAUGUGUCAUUAAAGAUGGUGACUAUAAUAAAGAACCAAUUACUUAAACAUCUGUCGAGGUUCACAAAGAAUCUGUCACCGGAACAGAUCUCCCUCUCAGCGCUGCGAGGGUCUGGUGAGCUGCAAGACCUGACCUUGGAUGAGGAGCUUCUGACAGACCUGCUAGAGCUGCCUGGAUGGGUCAGGCUGACGUCUGCCAAGUGUAAUAGGGCAUCCUUCAGGAUACAAUGGACCAAGCUCAAGACUGUUCCUAUUGUGUUGAACCUGGACGAGGUGCACAUAGCUCUGGAAGUAUGUCAGGAGCCCCGGGUCAUGAACCCGAGCGCCGCCGGAGCCCUGCCAGUGCCGGGGAAGUACAGCUAUAUACACAAGGUGAUAGAUGGAAUCUCAGUGGCUGUGAACCACGUGCAAAUAGACUUUAACUGUGAAGCGUUUACCAGCAGUGUUCAGAUCUCAAGAGUGACUGUUGAGUCAAGAACGCCAGAGGGUCGCAAGGGAGACCUAAGACUGACUAGAAUCAAAUCACCUGACACGGGACAACUGCUUAUAUUUAAGGAGUUAGAAUGGCAGAGCGCCCGCAUAGAAGCCAAAGCUCACGGGGCUGCGAACGCAAAUCUACCACCAUUAAGACUUCUAUUGGGCAAUACGCACUGUCGAAUUGUUAUCAAGAAGAGAUUAUCAGAUUGUGCAGUAAUAGGUUCCCGGCUAGCCAUAUGCCCGGAGCCGCUGGCGUGGGCGCUGACGGACGGGCAGCUCCGCGCCAUGCUGGCGUGCGCCGUCGCGCUCGCCAAGCCCGUGCAGCGCGCCACCGCCGCCGCCACCAGGAUCAAGGCGCUCAGGAAGAUCGAAGAGCCUCGUGAGCAGAUAUCGAGUAGACCAGCGACAGGGGAGCGAGACAUCUUAGCGCGAAUGUUCGCGAAGCACGACGUGCGCGAGACCUCGUACCAUCUGCUCGCGCCGAGAAUAGACCUGCAUCUUUGUGAUGAUCCGGGGUUGGGUCGUUCAGAAAAGCCGUCUCUAUCAAACGGCGGCGCUCUCCAAGUGACUCUAGUCAGCAUGCAGGCUGAUCUCUUCCCAUACCACAAAGCUUCCGAUGAUAGAAGACAUUGGAGAGGAUACAGGGAAGCAGCAACGCCGCACAGUCAAUGGUUAUCCCAAGCGCUGUCAUCGUUUUGUACUACACUGCUCGAGUCACUUGACCCGAGGCCGCUAACUCCUAGCAGUAAGCCUAGUCAGCCUGAGAAGCCGGAGGAGGUAUUAUCAAACGGCAUCAAGCACAAGCCGCCCUCGCAACACAGCGCUUCCAACGCUCCGUCCACUAACACUACUACCUCACAAGCGUCACCGACGAGGACGCGCAUCCUGCAGCAGCUGGGCAAGUUGAUGACCACGUGUCUUGUACUUAGGAUAGACGACUUCACUGUUUAUAAGGUAUCCACAGGGUCGAAGUCCCGUGAGGCUCCGCGUCCGCUGGUGUCGGCGGAGAAGGCGACGCUGCCGGGCGACGCGGGGCUGCUGCACGCUGAACUCACCUUCUUCUACUAUCCCGGAGAUGUGUGCUUCCCGGUCCCAGCCCCAAAACUGUACGUACAGUUAAGUCCAGUCCGAGUGUCCAUGGACGUGAACAGCGUGGUGUGGCUGGGCGCCUUCCUGCCGCACGUGGUGCCGCGCGAACAGGAGAUGGAGCAGGCGCCGCCAGCAUACAUGGACGUCAGGAUGGAGGCUAUCAUGCCUAAGGUGGUGUUAGAAGCAGGUUCGGAGCACGUGUCGCAACAACGCGACCGUCCCAAAGAGCUGCACAUAUGUACCGCGAGAGCGACGCUCACUAAUGUGCGGGAGUCGCCUAGAGCCAACUGUGCGGGCACUCGCGCGGACUUGGCGGCCAUCUUAUCCGCGCUGCGCCGCGCGCAGCCUCCGCGCGGACAGUUCCCAUGCGCGGAAGACGACAUGGACCCCAUACACGAACAGUUUAUACUUCAUGCUGACAAUCUAGACGACAUAGACCGCGGUACAGCGAUCAGUACGGAACUGCUGUGGCGAGAGAACAGAUCGGUGUGGUGCGCGAGAGUGGAGCCACUGUGGGCCGACUUCUGCGGCGCCAGAGCCACUAACUACAAGCCUGCACCUCUGUUAGAUGCUACUCCUCUUACUGCCUGGCUAUGUUUCGAAGAGAACUUCUCCCGCAUCUGGGUGGUGGCCCGUACCUGUGGUCUGGCCGGUCUUCAACUGAACCACUAUCAGAUGCUCUUCCUCAUGCGACAGCUGGAGAGGAUCUCGGAGAUGACGGCCUGGUUGGCGCAUGAUGCUGAGAGACAACCUGAUGCUGAAGAAGGAACAAUAGUAGUAGGCGUCGUAGUACCAGCAGUGGAGUUGACCUUCGUGCUUCCAUCCAACUGUCCAGGACAGGAGUCUUCACGAGAUCUGGACAGCGUUCCUCUCGACUCUUCCAGUUUACAGGACUUGAAGAUGGGUUCCGAAGCGACCAUGGCGCCGUCGAUGAUGGAUCGCGACAGCGGCGUGUUAGCCACCACGUCGGUGGAAGUCUGCCAGCCUAUACAUAUAGAGGAACCGCCUCCUCCAAGUCCUGGGUUGAGUUUUGGUGGCUUCUCCUCAAUGCGUCGCGGCUUCACAUCUCUCGUCACGUCAAUAGACAGUGCUCUAACUCGUGACGACACGCGGUCUGACGCGGCCAGCACCGCCAGCUCUGACAGCGACCGAUACGUCGUCGUCGGCUUAGCUGCCGAGUCGCCUGACGACGCUGACAUGGCGUUUAGGGAGUUCGAGCACGGCCGAGCAUCGAGCGGCGUGGAGGUGGCGGCCGAAGUUGUGGAGAGGUCCUCCUCGCCCAGCGACCACUCCGUCACCAGCUCCUGCAGGAGACGAGAUGUUAUCUCGACCAGCACAUGGCGUCUAAACAACAUCCACAUAGUCCAUCAAUCCGGAUCAGGCCGGAGCUGCCUCCGACUCGCCGCAGACGAUCUGAAGAGUGACGAGUGUAACGCUAUACCGUGGGAUGAGUUCCAGAACAAGUUCUCAAUGCGUGCCCGCGCGUGGUCGGAGCCGGCCGUCUCCGAUAGCGACGAGCUGAAGCCCAGGGAUGAGCCCCUCGUGUCGGCGCGGUUAGUGAGGACUCAGCUGCCGAGACCGGCGGAGGAGAAGGGUCUAGCGCCAUUCGAGGAGCUCCUUGAAGCCAGGAUCCGUGACCUCAGCAUAGCGUUGAACAUGAGCACCGCGCUAGCGCUCGCCGAGCUCAUUGAAGACGAAGUCAUCGCGCCUCCCAUGCCGCUUGAGGUGCUAAUAGAAAACGUGAAACUCCACUUAAUAGAAGACCGUCCGACCCGCUCAAUCUCCUCCCCGCCCCCGCAACCUUUAGACAUAGACCUUACAACACUACGUAUGACGCGAGACACAUUAGGGGUCGUUCGCCUCGGACCCCCAGUCUCGACACCUUCCACCGUGACGUCACCAGCGACCCCCCAGCCGCAGCCGGAGUUGGAUGAUGCGAGGGAGAAGAUAGAGAGGUUAAAUAGAGAGAAUGAAGAGUUGAGAAAACGGCUGGUGACUUUGGCCAGGAUAGCGGAGGAUAAUCGGGAGUUGAGAGCGAAAGUAGAGGAAGCGUCAGUGUUACGUCAAUGCGUGCACGCAGCGCAACAAGAGGCCGCCAGCUUACUGGCUGACAAGCAAGAGUUAUUGGAAGCUAUGCGUAUACUUCAGGAGCAGAUAUCGGGCGGCUGCCGCGGCAAGAGAUAGCGGUCGCGAGGCGGUCCGCCGCAGGGCUGCCUCGACUGCACCGCGUGCUGCGGCGACCAGCACUCCUGAACACCCUGUAGCAUAACUAUCCAAUUAUAUGGAUGUUUCCCUUUGGGAACACCCUGUAUAUGCGAUGUGAGAAAUUUAGGAACACCAUGUAGCUGCCACAGCGCAUCCCCUGUGACAUAACUACCCAAAUAUGUAAAUGUUGUUGUGGAAACACUCUGUAUAUUGAUGUGAGAAAUGUUUUAGAAACACCCUGUAUAAUGUCCACAAGGUCACUGUGGAAAUAUUCUGUAUAUUGAUGUGAGAAAUGUUUUAGAAACACCCUGUAUAGUAUCCCCAAGGUCGUUCUGGAAACAUCCUGUAUAAUGUCCACAAGGUCAUUGUGGAAACAACCCGUAUAUUGAUUAUGAGAGAAAUGUUGUAGGGACACCUGUAUAUGCAGCUGUUUACGCGCCAAAAGUUAUAAAUGCUGUCGUGAUUUGGAUACAGCCUGUAUAUUGAUGAAUAGAUGUAAAAAUAUUGCAUAAAUGUUAUAUUAUCAUCCUGUAUUGUUUAGCUAUUUCUAUGUACUAAGGUAACGUGUCAAAAAGUUAUAUUUGAUUUAAAAACAGGACAUGACUGUCUGAAGUUAGGAGUCUAUCAGAUAUGAUAAAACGCUAAAAUAAUAAGUAUGUAUCAUGUGUCAAGUAAGUGACGAGGCCAAACAUACCGUUUGCAUAGCAUAAAUAAAUCAAUGAUAUAUCAAAAUCUUAAACCGAAAUACAAAAAAAGAAGGAUUUCGAUACAAUUUUAAGUUUAAUUUGGGUUUCAAAGACAAAUAAUAAUACUUUACCUUCCUACUCGAACCACUUUGAUAAUAUAUUUGCAUCUAUGAGUCCCGAUGAACGUCAUACAAAAUAAUGACAGAAGUAUUUUCAACCUUACACUCUCUGGAAAAAGAACAUUUUUGUACCAUUAACAGCAGCGAUUUUAAAUCUAUUGAAUAACAAACCAAAGAUCGUAAUAAAGUAUUAAAUAGCAUUUUUACAUCAACGUGAAACAGGCUAUGUUUAUAAAAAAUAUAUAUACUGAAGAUUCUAAAAAAUACUGGAAAAUAUGAGAAAUGACUUAAAGUACUUAUUACCAGCAUUUAUAUAGGAUAUAUAAUAUUGACAAACGUAAGAGCUUUAUAUUGUUUUUAUAUAUUUUUUUGUCCGUCAUUUAUACAUUCUUCCUUGGCAUAUCAAAUACAUAAAAACUGGAAUUGAACACACAAUCACGACGUUUUAAUACUGACAUUAUUUAAUUUUAUAUUCAUGAGAUCUUAAUUUUCCAAAUAUUUGUAAAUUGUCAUAUAUAUUCUUAUCUAUAGAUAUUCUUUGCAAAAGUGAUCUUAAUACUUAAUGCAUAUUAUAUAAAAAGGUGGGUAUGUAUUGAGGAAUAUUAAAACAAUGGAAGCGAAUUUGGCUGCUUUUUACUUAACAAAUUGUUACUUAGUGUAGACUAGGUUUUAUAAUAAAUGACAGUGUUAUAUAUUGACUACUCAGGUGUAAUUUUGCAACCAAUAUGCAUAAAAUAUCGAAUUGCUAAAUUCUACAAGAUUUAGUAACACAUCUAAUCUGGUAAUAUUAAACAUUGUCAUUUAUGCAAAAUUGUUUAUAUAUAGUAUGUAUAUUAAUAUGUAAACGUAUAUAAUCACAAGUAAAUUGGCCAUAUAUAAUUUAUAUUUUAGCGUAGAUAAACCAUUGCAUAUAAACAGCCCCAACCAGUAAAUAAUUUAUCCCUUUUUCUAGGAAAGUAAGAAUUUGUAUAAUGUUGAAUGUUAAUAUAAUUGUAAAAUUCUGAAAUGUUACCUCAAUAAGAAUAUUAUUGCUUAAUUAUAAUAUCCAGUUAGUAUAUUUUAUUCACAAAAAAUAAACUUUUAACUCAAAAAUGAUUCAUAGUCAAUGUCAAAUAUUUUUGUAUGAAAAUUGAAACAGGCAAAAUUGCAUUGGAAUAUUAUCAGGACAAAAAAACAAUAAUUAUAUUUAUUUCUUUUAUGCACAACUUUUUUUUUACCCGGAAGCCUUAUAUACUUAAACUGCUUACAUAUCUUUCUGUCUGACAGUUAUAUAAAUACAGUAAAUAUGCUUAGCGAUUAUCGUAUACUAUAAAUAGCGGGAAAGAAAUAUGAGAGAAAUGUUAUACUACAUAUUAUAUAGGUUAUCGAGCAGUGGGGCUGCUAUAAUACAUAUAUAAAUAUAUAACAAUAUAACAAGCACUACGAGGCUUUUGAUGUACACUACCGUAUAUUAUAAUGCAAUCGUUCAAUAUUAUUUUGGUGCCAAAAGCGCAGACUGUUUUCAAUAUACAAUAUAGAUUUUGUUCUUUGAACUUACAACAGAAUAUUUCGUCUUCCAUUUUUCUUUUCUUACAGAAGACGUUCCAUUUUUAAACAGCUUUCAAAUACUCAAAGAACAUUAUCCGUAUUCUAUAUUUUGAUUUUAAAGAGGUUGUACAUAGAAGUUUUUAUAUUUUUUUAAUGGAUGUUCAUUUGUUUUUGUGUAAUUUUAAAACGUUGUACAUAAUUUUUAUGAGGUGACGUGAUGUAGCUAUUUUUUCAGCUCUUUUUACUGUUUAUUAGUAUUCAAUGUGAGAAUUCCAUUUGGGUAAGUUGUGUGAAGCCGUAUUUAAAGGGAUUUCAAUAAACUUUUAUAAGGGAUCAAUUUCGUCUCAAAACUAAAAAUUCUAACUGUCUUGAAAUCUCGAUAUUCUUAUUAAAUCCCGCUAAAUACGGUUCUAAGUCUAUGUAACAUAAAAGGUAUUUAAUAUAUAAAUCUUUCAAAACUUCAGUGAGAAUUUUUAGAAGUAAAUUUUUGAUAGUAUAUAGUUAUUUAUAUGUGGUAUAGAUGAACGUUAGUCCAGGUACGUCGCAGUGAUAUGUUUACUAAAUCGUGUUGCGUUAUGUAUUAUGAUAGUGCCGGUAAAUGGCGGUAUUAAUUUAGUUUUACUGCGAUAAGUAUACUCAGAAAUAUUGAAAUAUUUUUCCUUAUGGCAACUUAGAAAAGAAUAUUUGGCAGCAUUAUUUUGUCAACCAAAUUAAAUUAAGUUACAUUGCUAACACAUGAAGUUACUCAAGAUUGAAUCCAACAGCAACUUAAUUUUAUCUUUUUGUUAAUCAUAAGUACUACUUGCUUCUCAUCUCACUUGUUUGCCAGAAUCGACAACUUUGGCAACGAUAUGGAUUGCCAUAAAUAAAAAUACAAUAGAAGUUCCAAUUGAUUGAACUAUUAUAGACAAAAUAUUAUUACGUACUGAAAUAUUAUCGCCAUUUUGCCGGUUUUUAUAUCACUUGUUGAAAUGCAAUGUAUAUCGAUUCGGGGUAGCUCUAAAUAUCUUAUAUAUAUAAAAAAAAAACAUUUAUCUCUUUUACUAUGUGUUAGGAUAAAAAACUCGUGCCUGUAAUAAUUAGGUACAUAAUAUAUCCGCUUUAUGGUCGUUGCUGCCUUUUUAUACUCUCAUCUAUUUAAUCGAUGUAACUUUUAAGAAAAUAAACAAUAUGUCCUAUGUUCUACUGUACUGUAUACGGUUCAAAAGUGACAUUUGGCUACUCUGAAAUCAGUUUUAGAGGUGUACCGAAUGCUUUGUGCAGUUGACAGCUGUCAGUUUUCAAUAACUGUCAACUGCAUCAAAAACGGUCGGGGCAUAAAUAUUACGCUUGGAAUUUUUAAAUGAAGCUAUUAUUUCGUGUUUUCCCAAGUUACUAAAUGUCAUUUUAAAUCGAGAAUAUUUUCUACGUUUUUUUAUGUUGAUUGGUACUCUGUCCAAGGUAUGCUGUUUCUUCAAUCAGUUUAGUGUCGAGCAUCUGACUAUUGGAGACAUGUACCAUAACGUUGUUGCAAUUUAUUUAGUUACGAAGGAAUUGUUAAAAUUAAAUUCAAUAUUCUAUAA